AUGGGUAUUUCUGAUGUUGGCUUGAAACAAGAUUUAGUGAGUAGGUUAGUUAAGGAGUAUAAAAGAAGAGAGGAGUUGUCUAAUGGUGGUCACUUGGCAGGAGGAGGUUCUUCUAAUGAUAAGCUUGAAGAAGAGAGUUGGGAAGCUAAAGGGUCAGAGUUUAAUGAAUGGUGUAAGGCUGGUUUGUUGAUGGAUAAGGCUUUAAACACAGGUGAUGUGGAUUAUUUGUUUUUAGCCAGGCAAGUAGCUUUGGAAAGAGCCUAUGUCAUCAGAGUUGCUGAUGAAGAUAGUUGGAGCAUGGCUGCUAAGAUGGUGGCUAAUAACACGAUUGACCCAAUGUCACAGUUAUUUGGGGGAAAUAGAGAGAGAGCGAGAUUAGCAGCGCAAAAUUUCUCUAAGAACAAGAGGCCAAAAUUGGCUCAAGAAAGGGGUCAGAAGGUUGAUGCACAACAGGGAUAUAUGUUUAGCUUGUUUCUGAAUUUGCAACAGGGACAACCUUUUGCAUCAGUAGGUUUUCAGACCCAACCUUCUUGUUUUCCUUCGUGGCAACAGUGGCUGAACCAACAGGAGCUAGUAUCUACAGCCCCAGAGAUGGGAGUUAGUAAUAUGAAUCCAUUUAUGGCUGGGCAACAUGCAGUGCAGAGUGUUUUUUCACAUUUUCAGUUGCGUCACAGAGAAAUAAGUAUUCAUCUUUACUGGGAAUUAGGAAUUCGGGAGUAG